GAGAAGAGGAGGCAGUCUGCUCCGCUCAGCGUCGGACGAGCCCCCUUCACCGCCCUGUCAGUGUGGAGGAGAAGAAGGAGAGAGAGAAGCUGAGAGACUGAGAGACGAAAGAGAGAAAGAAAGCGCACGCGUGAGAUGCAAGGCUGCUUACAGGGGUGAGAGAGCCGAGGAAGAAUAAGGAACACAUUUCACAACAGCAGAAAGAAGGAGGAUAACAAAACGAGGGACUACGUCUCCAACUGGGCACCCGGGACACUGUUAAUGUCUUUUUUUUCUUCACUUGUCUACAAGCUGGAACUCAGUGGAUUGCUAAACUAACCGGUGGAUUUUUUAUUUUUUAAAUAUACUGCUUUUGCCACAUCAUUCUGGGAUAAUAUCGCCUGUCAUCCGUUAUCCGUUCCUUUGCUGCCGGCUCCUUCUGCUACGGACUUGAGAUUGCUUCUCUGUUGUGUGUGCUAAGCUCUCAUGUUGUGAUUCUGCUCCUUCCACUAAGUGCAUCUGUCGGCAAACCGGCUCCGAGGAUCUCUCCUCCUCUGUCAAACAGGACAGCACGCAGCCAUCGUCGAAUCAGACGGGAGAGGAAGUGUGAGUGUGUUUUGUGUGAGAGAGAGUGUGUGUGUUUGUAAGAGAGAGGGGGGGCAGCGAGAGAGAGUCGGAUUAAAGCCCAGGCAAAAAGACCGGAGUGAAACAGCUUAAAUAGAGAAGUGAACCUAUACAUCCUCUCCCGUUUUUCCUCACCAUUCCUUUCCUCCUCCUCUCCUCCUCCUCUUCCUCUCCCAUUUUUCAACAUUUAUAGGACUAGGACCAGAGUUACUGCCACCUGCACCUCCUCCUCGCGUUGUCUUUUUUCCCCCUUUACCUCCUCUACCUCACCCAACACUAUCCGAAAAGGAAAAGGCAGCCGCUGAAAGAAAGAAAGAAACACGCCGUGUCUCUUGUCUCUUGGUUCUAGCACUUGUGGAAAGAUUUCUAUUGAUCCAGCGGUGAGGCGAGUGACUGAGCGAGACACCAAGUCUCUGGACCGGUGACACACAGUUUAUCCAGAGCUUCCUCAUCAGGGGCCAGACCUUUCUCCCAAGCGACUGUCCGGAACGCAGAGCCUUGCCUUCUCCCCCCAACGAGGACCCCCCUCUUGCUCGCGACACGGUGGUGCAGACAGCAAAGACUGGAAUUGCACAGCUCCCUCCGUUGCCUCUAUCAUAUUGCUAGCUCCUUGGCAGCUCCCGCACCCGUGUCACCAUUCCCUGCCUCAGUGCUAAGGAUUCCAGCUACAUGGGCAAGCGAUUGGAGCAGCAGCCAAUGUACCCUCAGUACACCUACUACUACCCCCACUAUCUCCAAACCAAGCAGCCCUAUGCUCCACCCCCUCACCCCAUGGCUCCUCCCAGCCCCAGCACCAACAGCUGCAACCAGGUGGGGGCGGAGCAGCUGAGCAAGACCAACCUGUACAUCCGAGGCCUGCCCCCCGGGACCACCGACCAGGACCUCAUCAAACUCUGCCAACCAUAUGGAAAAAUAGUGUCAACCAAGGCCAUUCUGGAUAAGAACACUAACCAGUGCAAAGGCUAUGGCUUUGUGGAUUUUGACAGCCCGGCUGCAGCGCAGAAAGCCGUGUCUUCUCUCAAAGCCACCGGGGUGCAGGCCCAAAUGGCCAAGCAACAAGAGCAGGACCCCACCAACCUGUACAUCUCCAACCUGCCGGUGUCCAUGGACGAGCAGGAGCUGGAGAACAUGCUGAAGCCCCUGGGCCACGUCAUCUCCACCAGGAUACUGAGGGACGCCAACGGGGUCAGCAGAGGAGUCGGCUUUGCCAGGAUGGAGUCCACGGAGAAGUGUGAAGUGGUGAUCCAACAUUUCAACGGAAAAUACCUGAAAACCCCGCCAGGCAUUCCAGCCCCCACGGAGCCUUUGCUGUGCAAAUUUGCCGACGGAGGGCAGAAAAAACGCCAAAGCCAGAGCAAGUACCCUCAGAACGGAAGGCCGUGGCACAGAGAAGGCGAGACUGGCAUGGCGCUAACAUAUGAUCCUGCUGCAAUGCAGAACGGGUUCUACUCCUCGCCUUACAGCAUCGCCACCAACCGCAUGAUAGCACAGACCUCCAUCACGCCCUUCAUAGCUGCUUCCCCCGUCUCCACAUAUCAGGUCCAGAGUACGUCAUGGAUGCCUCAUCAACAAUAUGUUAUGCAACCAACAGGUGCAGUGAUCACGCCAGCCAUGGACCACACCAUGUCCAUGCAGCCUGCCAGUAUGAUGGGCCCUCUCACCCAACAGAUGAACCAUCUGUCCCUGGGCACUACAGGAAGUUACAUGACUGCUGCAGCAGCUGCGGCGCCUAUGCAAGGGACCUACAUUCCCCAGUACACUCCUGUGCCUCCAGCAGCCGUCCCUGUCGAAGGAGUGGUGACAGAUGCUUCGCCCCAGACCGUGGCUCCUUCGUCACAGGAAGUGGCCGGCCAGCAGCAACAGAUCCAGGUGGACGGCGCUGCCGACCACGUCCCCACUUACUCAUACCAGUCCAAAUAGCAACGGCCUGAGCAAAUGUUCCUGUGACAGCGUUGCCUUGAGACGGAGGGGUGGCUGCACUGUGAAUGUGAGAAAAGGAGAAAAAGAAAGAGAUUGCUUCCAGAUUGCCCAGGCACCAAAAAAAGACACUUUUUUCAUUUCCUACCUGGCCCACGAGAAAUAAAAAAAAGAGAGAGAGAGGAAUAGAGAGAAAAAAAAAGAAACAGAGGCAAACAGUGCUGAAGAAGGGGAUGAGGGGAAAUUGCUGGGUUGCAGUGCAAAGAAGUGAAAUUGUUUAGUCUGAGAGAGAGCCUUGCCUGAAGGGCUGGGCCGAAGCUGGAAAAGUUUCUCAAAGAAAAUUGUCAACAAAUUAAAAGGAAAAAAGACAAAAAAAAAAAAACACAAAAAGGACAAAAUAAUAAAAAAAAAAGGUUGAAUGCUCAGAUAGGUGAUGAAGUUUAUUUUGUAAUUAGAAAAAGGGGAGUCAUGUUUGAGAUACACAGAGAUUGUCUUCCUCAGAUAUUAAGCUACAAUUUCUUUUCAGUCUUUUUUUAUGUUCUUGUGUUAAAUCUUAGUUUUCUAGAUAUAUUCAAAAAACAAAGUGUUUUUUUUUUUCUUUUUCUUGAAUCUUCAUGGCCUUAAUUUGAAGGGCGCCAGACACUUUUUACAGAGUUAAAGUCUGACGUCUAAGUGAGGGGGAAUAAAAGCUAAACGGCCUCUUGGACUUCAAGGGGACGAGACGCUGAAGGAGUCGCUCUAAAGAGGAAAAAAAAAGAAUCUAUCUCAUAAGCUGUACAGAUUUAAUAGAGAAAAGCUUUUUCUUUUCUUCAAUAGAAGAAAACUUUGAUAAUUAUUAUGUCAGAGUAAAACUAAGUGUCAGAAGUAAAACAAAAUGUCUGUUGGGGGGGAAAAAAA